AACUGUUACCGCUGCUACCCCGGGCACACACCUACCCACCAAGCAAGUAAAGGGAGCACGUAGUUCCCCUGACUCCUUCCUGCGGUGAGAACCUUGACGUACACAUAAAGAUGCUGCGAUUACCGAGACAAUUCCAAGUGAUCGGUGGUGCAUGUCGACGAUCGCUCAACACCCAAGAGAUGCGGCCAAGAACCGCAUUAGAGACUAGGACACAUCCCAGCAGCCAGCAGGGAGUGUCCCUCAACUUCCAGGAGAUCAUGGAGAGAGAGGCAAAGUUUGGUGCCCACAACUAUAAGCCUAUUCCUGUAGCUAUCUCCCGGGCCAAGGGUAUAUACAUGUGGGAUGUGGAGGGAAAACGCUACUUUGACUUCUUGAGUGCCUACUCUGCCGUGAACCAGGGGCACUGUCAUCCUAAGAUCAUUCAGGCAUUGCAGGAGCAAGCUGCCAUCCUCACCCUCACUUCAAGAGCCUUCUACAAUGACGUCUUGGGCGAGUACGAGGAGUAUGUUACUUCUCUCCUUGGCUAUGAUAAGAUCCUCCCCAUGAACACAGGUGUGGAAGGAGGAGAAACAGCCUGCAAGCUGGCCCGCAAGUGGGGGUACCUGGUGAAGGGUAUCCCCAAAGACCAGGCGAAGAUAAUUUUUGUGCACAACAACUUCUGGGGCCGCACCCUCUCGGCGGUAUCUAGCUCAUCUGAUGCUACAGCUUAUCGUGACUUUGGGCCAUACAUGCCUGGUUUCUCUCUCAUCCCCUAUGAUGACUUGCCAGCACUGGAGGCUGCAGUGUCAGAUCCCACAGUGGCUGCCUUUAUGGUGGAACCCAUCCAAGGCGAGGCUGGAGUUGUCGUUCCCUCUGAAGGCUACCUCAAAGGGAUCCGGGAGCUGUGUAGCCACCACAAUGUAUUGUGGAUCGCAGAUGAAGUGCAGACAGGUCUAGCACGCACAGGCCGCCGCCUAGCUGUCGACUAUGAGAAUGUCAGGCCAGACAUCCUCAUCCUUGGCAAAGCUCUCUCUGGGGGUGUCUACCCGGUGUCUGCAGUGUUGGCAGAUAAUGAAGUCAUGAUGUGUAUCAAGCCAGGGGAACAUGGCUCAACCUAUGGUGGCAACCCCCUUGGCUGCAAGGUUGGUCUAGCAGCCUUGCAAGUGAUGGAGGAAGAGAAAUUGGCAGAAAAUGCUGAAAAAAUGGGAAUCCUUCUUCGUUCAGAGCUCUUCAAGUUACCCAAGGAGGUGGUUUCUUUGGUGCGGGGACGAGGACUACUGAAUGCUAUUGUCAUUAACAAGGAGUUUGAUGCAUGGGAUGUGUGUUUACAACUUAAGAACAAUGGGCUGUUGGCUAAACCCACACACGGACACAUCAUCCGAUUUGCUCCUCCACUCUGCAUCAAUGAAGAAGAAAUAAAGGAGUGUAUUGAUAUUAUCAAGAACACUAUCUUAUCUUUCUAGCAGGUUUCUCUUCUUGCUGAUUCUAUGGUACUUGGCACAAAUUAUUUGUGGAUCUUUUUUACCGUAUAUUAAAUGAGGUAUGAUAUUUUUCUGUAAUCUAGCAAGUAAUUGACAGAUUGGUUAGGCAACAUUUUGAACAAGUUACGUAUACAUAAUUCCCUGUGCAGUAAAUAUAGUAUGCAGGGCUUGACAGUGCAGUAUUCAGGUAUGCUGAUAUUUUGAUCAUUAAUUUAUAACCAAGUUUAAGUUGAAAAUAUCAGAAGACAAUUUUUUUAUUGAAGACAUUUACUAAUUUCAUCAAACUUUAUACUUGCCAACAGUGAGACAAAGAAUUUAUAUACUGUAGGUCUAUUCAUUCAUGAGGAUGAGAGAAUGUUGUUUACCUGUGAAGGAGGGCAGCUUCUAGUGGUUUUGUCAUGGAUUUUUGAUACUUUUGAAUACUGAAGGUCCUUCCUGGAUAAGGUAAGGGGAAAGAAUAUGCUUGUCAGAUGGUGUCUUAAUGUCCAAACUGAUCGCUUUUGUAAAAACAAAAACAAAAAACAAAAAAAAAUGAAGCUCAAGCUCCUUAUAAUUUGAACCUUUUCUUCAAUUCCUAGCAACUAACCCCAUUAAUGAAAAGCUAAAUCAAAGUUUAAUACAGCUACCAUUUGCAUUGAUGCUGGCUGUGUCAUACCUGGCCACCCUCAAGCCUUGCCAUAGCAAUCUAGCCCAGCUGGGAUUACUCUCCUGACCCUUAGCAAUGCUCCUCCUCCCGGUCUCGCACACAAAGAAAUGUUUAUUCCCUCUGUUUUUUAACCUUAGGGUAAUUAUUAUUGACCUUUUUACCUAUUUUGUAUGCAAGAUUGGGUGUGCAUGGAACUGAAUGAAAAGAAAUAUGAAAAAGUUAUGUUUAUCUAUCCAAAAUUACAAGUUGAAGAAUAAUGAUAACAUCAAUUCUAUCUCAGCAUGGUUAGGGAGAGCACUAGGGGCAUGUGGCCAUCCCAGCGGAUUUUUGUUACUCAAACGUUCGUAUAGCAAGGAAUACCUGUACUCCAAACAAGGAAGCACCUCGCUCUUGAAGAGCAUUGGUGUCAUUUUUCCAGCAAAUUUGGGAUUUAAGGGAAGUGUCAUUUUACUGGAAAAUUUGGGUGUUUCAGGCACCCUUACAGGUGAGGUACACCGUAGGAAGGAGAAGUACACAAACUCAUUGGCAAGUUGUACUUUAAUUUGUGAUAACAUUUUGUACUAGUAUAGUUUUUCACUAAACACAAAAUAUCAGAUGUGACAUACUGAAACAACACCCUGGCCACCUACUAUAUAAUCAGGGAACACUUAAGGGUUUUCAAUACUCUACCUGUCUGCUAUCUUGGCAUAUAUACAAAUGUGUAAGCAUACUUAUAGUAUCUUGGUAAAUAUACAAAUUAGUCGGCACACUCUUAGUUACACGUAAAAUAUGGCAUGAAUGUGUUUCACCUCCUGGUUCAAUUAAUUUAGAAUAACAGUAUAGCCCUAACACUACUUCUUGGUCAGAGGCAACUGAAUUACAGUUGCCUCCACAGAGUAAGUAACACCUUUUAGUUCAGUAUUUAUAGGAAACCUACUAAUGUGUGUUCAUAUAUUCAUUAUUAUUCUGCCCACCAUAAUAGUCAGUCAGUAUUGUAUACUCUUCAAUAUUUUUGCAUGCUCUACGAAUAGGCAGUCCAGAAUUCAUUGAAUUGGAAUAUAAAUACUGUACCUGUAUAUCUAAUAUAUUGGAUUGAACUUAAAA